CUCCCGCCGCCGCCGCCGCCGCCGCCCGGGCGCAGCCGGCGCAGGGAGCGGAGCGGCGGGGUUGGGGCCGGAGCUCGGGGCAGGGCGGCUCCGCCAUGGUGGGUCGGCUCAGCCUGCGGGAGGUGCCCGACCUCCCGGACAUGAGGAAACGGGGCGACGCGGGGCUCGACAGCCCCGACUCCGGGUUGCCCCCCAGUCCCGGGCCCGUCCCUCCGUCCUGGCUUCUCUCCUCGGGGGGCAGCCCCGACCGUACCGCGACCAACGGGUUACCGGAGCCCGACCCCCCCGCGCCCGCCGCCGCGAAUUCCGUGUUCUCCCCCAGCCCCGUUCUCUCCAGCUGCCCUCCAAGAUUGUGUCCUUUAUCCUUUGGCGAAGGAGUUGAGUUUGACCCUUUACCACCGAAGGAAAUAAGGUACACGUCCUCGGUUACAUAUGACUCAGAGAAGCACUUCAUCGAUGACAUCUAUAUGCCAGUGGGCUUAAGCAUUUCCUCUUGCAGUCAGACGGUGAUCUGUGUCCCAAACUGCACGUGGCGCAAUUACAAAGCGGAGGUCCACUUCGAGCCCCGCAACAAGCCCCAGCGUUUCACCAGCACCACCAUCGUCUACCCGAAGCACGCCAAGACUGUGUACACCACCACGCUGGAUUACAACUGUCGUAAGACCAUGCGGCGGUUCCUCUCCAGCGUAGAGCUGGAAACGUCAGAGUGCCUUGGGAACGACUGUGUCCUGGAUGGUUGCUGACUGACGGCUGUGUCUCUUUCUCUGAUCCAUCCCAGUCCCGUCUAACGUACUCUGCUAACUCUCCACUAGCUAAAGCGGGUACAGACCCUAACUUUCCGGUCAGGCUAAGGGAACCCUACCUGUCGUCACCUCUUUCUCAGCUCUUAAUUCCUGCUUUAAGCAUCAGAAUGGCCUGAACGCAGUUUUCUGUGGGAACAUAACUUAGUAAGGAACUUGUUUCUUUGCCUUUAAAGUCGUGAGUUCCCUCCCCUUCCCCGCAGUGCAGUAAUCAGAUGAAAAUAACGGGAAGUAUUUUCCCAGAGAAAAAAUUGACAGGUAAGAAAGAAUGUGGAAUAGUGCCUGGCAGGUGGAAAUCCAUUUGAUGCUUUGUGGUGAUGUGCAAAAAUAAGGGUGGUUUGCUCUCUUGCAGAGAAUCUACCAGGUCAUUUGGUUACAGAUAGCCAGAGCUGUCAUUCGUUUCAGUUUAGAUCGCGAGACUGUUUUCUCUAGAAGAACCAUCUCCUGGAAAUUGCUGGAAAAAGCUAACAAAGAAAAAAAUCUGGAAUUUUGCAUUUAACAGAUAGAAAAACGUUAUCCUAUGGCAUUCACGUCUGGUUUGAAGGUGUGAGUUGGAAAGAAGAGGAAUUCUGAGUAGAGCAGGAGAUAAACUGCUUUUGCAGCUCCAGGCAGCAGAGAAAGGAUCGGGUAACUCAAGUUCUUUAGAUGAAUGGCGCAAUGUAUCUUCUGUACUUAUAAUGAUUUCUACAGUGCUGUAGUCUGUGUAACACACUAGCAUUUGUGCGUGUGUAGUAGGACUUGUAAUGAAGAAUAUCAGGCCAAAAAUUAUCCCUGUAUGGUUGGAAAGUCGGGUCUUGACAAUGUGGUGGUGGAAAAACACCAGUGCCUAGUUUUACGGUCAUUGUACUGUCUGCACUGAGGGAGUUGUAACUAAGAAAGUUUCAGAAAACGCACCAUCUAUACAGGGACCUAGAAUGGAGAAGGAGGUGCUGGGAUCGGGUGUGAGAUGCUGUCGUGGUGGGGGUUGUGAAGAGGUAGAUGGUAGCGAAGGACAGGCAAAUUUUUAUUGCACAGCAAAAUCCACAGCUGUAGCUCUGCUUCCCCAUUGAGCUUCUCAUCGCAAAGGUCCCUGUCCUCCCUAGACUUUGGGAUUCAGGAUGUCACUGGGAUGGGGUAGCAUUUGCCUGUCUGUAGGCUGCUAAAUAACCCCUCCAGUCCCAAGUGCCUGAUGAGUUUGGGGACCAAAGGGAGUAACUUCAGAUACUCUGAAAGUCCAUCUGGAUGUUACGUGCAUUAGUUUAUGGUGUGCUUUGAUGAAAAUAAGACGGAGACGUUUCUUACUUUAUGCAGAUGGUUCUUUUCUAUAUUGACAGAGAGCAGUGGAGUGUGGAGAGCUUCUGCUUUUGGGAGCGUGGCUUAUAUUGGUGGCUAGUAUGGUGUAGCAGCUCAGAAACACUUAGUAGACUUGACUUAGCUGGACACAGCUUUUCCAUGUAUUCCAAAACGCCUCUGAAGUGCCUUCUGGUGCAUCAUCAGCCCCGGAGCUGCUUUUAAAGAGGGCUUUGCUAGUUCAUAGCCCCAAGGGUGAAUUUUGUCAGUGGUGAGUUAGAAACUUGGGAGCCUGUUCUUGAGCUGUACUGUAAUGCGUGUUUGUGCAAGUGUGAUGAAUGUUGUGGAAGUGUACUCUAGUGUGAACUGAAAUGAUUUGGGAGACUAAAAAUGCAGCAGGAAGGAAGGCUUGAAUUUGUGUGGUUUCGGUUUUUUGUUGUUUUGGUUUGCUUUUUUACUUAUUUAUUAGCUCAGAACAGAACGUCCUUAAUCUUUGGUACUUGCCUCAGAAAACCAGAUCCUAAAACAAUCCCAGGCUGACAGAGGAUGCCAAAGUCAGGUAGGCAUUGCUCCAGAGUUGUUAAGAGCAGAGCGGUCUUCUCAUUAAACGUGUUGGUUUCAGACUAGAGUAUUUAGGAGAUGUGUCUUAAAUACAUGUUGUGUUUCUCCCCUAAACAUUGCUCCAAAAUAUACUUGUUGUGUAACAGAAGGCACAACUCAGCCCCUAAGUGUGUGGGGUUUCAAAUGGACAGAACUCUUCUUUGGGAAAGCUAUUGCAUCAUUGCUCGCUUCGCAGUUUCGUGUACCUUGCUCCUGAAACAUCUGGUGCUGGCCACUGUUGGACACAGGACGCUGGAAGAACACGGACCCUGGAUUGCUCCGACAACGCUCUUCCAAUGAAUUCAUUUGCAGGAGAUCUAAGAGAAGAUUAUUUUAAGUUGUAAUCAUUAAUAGUCCCUAGUUAGAAAUGAAAUGACCCUUACACUAUGGUUUUAGGAUAAAGCACCUGAUUUUUAUAAAGCAAACAAAUUAUGUACCUCUUAAAAAUAUUUUAAUUGGUAGAGAUACCUUUUAAAUUAUUUAUGUUCCAACAUUUGCAAAGCUCUGAUUAGCUCUGUGCAAGUGUUCUGAUGUCUGUGAUGUUCCUCCCUGCCCCCCCCCCAAAUUUUCAAUUUGUCUUUUACUUUAUUGGUAAUAAAUGAUCUGAAAACCAUCA